GGUCCAUUAUCUGAAACUGUAGGUGAUUUUUGGCAAAUGAUUUGGGAUUAUCAUUGUCCUAUUAUUGUAAUGAUUACAAGAAUUCUUGAAGCUCAACGUUCUAAAUGUUAUUUAUAUUGGCCAGAUGUAGAAAAUCAAAAACUUUAUUUUAGUUCUGGUUGUACAGGUUGUCUUUCUGCUCCUAAAUGUGCUGACAAUAAUAAUAAUCAUAAUAAUAAUAGUAUUACUCCAGACUUUUUAAUUGAAAAUGUCAACUCUGAAAGUAAUGGGAAUUUCGCUAAAACAACACUACGAAUAACAAAUUUACAGCUACAAGAAGUAAGAACAGUUGAACAUUUUGCUUAUUUUUCAUGGCCUGAUCAUGGUACACCGCAAACAACUGAAGGUCUAUUAGAUUUACUCAAUUCAGUUCAGUCAACUUAUUCACAUGAAAUUGAAAAAUUAGGCUAUCAAUCUUAUGAAGAUCAGAAAAUUCCACCUCCUCCAGUUGUUGUACAUUGUAGUGCAGGCAUUGGUCGAACAG